AUGGCCAUCCACGCAGAGGGCAUCGUGGCCAUCGUGAUCUUCUAUCUGCUCAUUCUCUGCGUGGGCAUCUGGGCAGCCUGGAAGAACAAAGACUCCGGGGUUGGAGAAGGCUCGGACCGCAGUGAGAUCAUCAUGGUCGGCGGGAGAGACAUUGGGCUUUUCGUGGGAGGUUUCACCAUGACUGCCACUUGGGUCGGCGGAGGAUACAUCAACGGCACGGCGGAGUAUGUGUACCUGCCAGACUUCGGUCUGGCUUGGGCGCAGGCUCCGUUUGGUUACGCGAUGAGCUUGGUUGUGGGUGGCCUGUUCUUCGCCAAACCAAUGCGCUCCCGUGGAUACGUCACCAUGCUCGAUCCCUUCCAGCAAAUAUACGGCAAAAGAAUGGGAGGCUUGCUCUUUAUUCCUGCGUUGAUGGGGGAAAUAUUUUGGUCUGCUGCCAUUUUGUCUGCACUGGGGGCUACCUUGAGUGUCAUCGUGGACAUUGACAUCAACAUGUCCGUCAUCAUCUCCGCCAUGAUCGCCAUCUUCUACACCUUGGUGGGAGGUCUCUACUCAGUGGCCUACACAGACGUGGUGCAGCUCUUCUGUAUCUUUUUGGGACUGUGGAUCAGUGUGCCUUUUGCACUGGCAAAUCCUGCCGUAGCAGAUAUUGGUGUAUCAGCCAAAAAGGCGAUUUACCAGACAGCCUGGCUUGGCAAAAUUGAACCAGAGGACGCAUGGCUGUGGGCGGACAACUUCUUUCUGCUGAUGUUGGGGGGGAUUCCCUGGCAGGUGUAUUUUCAACGGGUUCUGUCUGCCUCUUCAGCUACCUAUGCACAGGUGCUGUCGUUCCUUGCCGCCUUCGGAUGCCUGGUCAUGGCUGUGCCAUCGGUCCUAAUAGGAGCAAUUGGCGCCUCCACAGAUUGGAACCAGACCUCAUAUGGGGCCAUCCCUCCAAAAGAUAAGGAUCAAUCAGACAUGAUCCUUCCAAUUGUGCUCCAGCACCUCUGCCCAUCCUACAUUUCCUUCUUCGGGCUGGGUGCAGUGUCUGCGGCUGUAAUGUCCUCUGCCGACUCAUCGAUUCUCUCGGCCAGCUCUAUGUUUGCGAGGAACAUCUAUCACCUGGCUUUCCGACAGUCGGCGUCAGAUCGGGAGAUUGUUUGGGUGAUGCGCAUCACUAUCUUUGUUUUUGGAAGUUUAGCCACUGCUAUGGCACUGCUGACCGGAACAGUGUACGGCUUGUGGUACCUGAGCUCAGACCUGGUGUACGUUAUCAUAUUCCCACAGCUCAUCUGUGUGCUCUUCAUCAAAGGUACCAAUACGUACGGCUCCGUGGCCGGCUAUGUCUUUGGCCUGUUGCUACGCAUUGGGGGCGGGGAACCCUACCUCAAACUCCCACCUUUCAUCUACUACCCCGGCUGGGUGGCCCAGGAGAAGAUCCACCACCUCACCGGUGAUGUAGAACACUAUGUCCAGCAGAGAUUCCCGUUCAAGUCCAUAUCCAUGUUGGCAUCAUUCGUGGCCAACGUAGCAUUCUCCUAUCUGACCAAGUAUCUCUUUGAGAGCGGAACGGUUUCGCAUAAGUAUGACUUUCUGGACGCUGUACACAGCAAAGAGGUCAUGGACAAGACCACGCUGGUUGGGAACCAGGACAACAUUAUCCUUUCAGAGUUGGCGCCGGUCAGACAGGCCCUCGGAGGCGCUCUUGCGGGGACUUUCACCAACACUGACGUACUAAGCGAUGACGGAGAGUCCAGUGGGGAAUCAUUGCACAACGAAUAA